UUUUUCUGUCGAACCGUAAAUUGUGGGAUUUUUACCGGUAGAAUAUCUCGAUUUUGAUCGAAAGUAGUUGCAAACAAUGUCCAAAGAGGAGGAGACCGUCGAAGCGACGGAUACGAACGACAAUUCGAAUGACUCCACGUCGGAUACGACCUCGUCGCACACCAAGGAGCCGGACUACGAUGCUACGCUGGAAACGGACCGCAGCAAGCGGUUUGAGUUUUUGCUAAAGCAGACGGAAAUUUUCGCUCAUUUUAUGCAAGCUGCUCCGGCGAAAGGUUCGAGUCCACCGGCUAAAGCGAAGGGCAAGCCCAAGAAGGCCGAAAAAGCAGAAAAGGCACCUUCAACAUCGGCGGCCGGUGCUGCUGGUGUUGCUGGUGUUGUCGGAGAUCCGGGAGAUCAUCGACACCGGAAAACCGAACAGGAAGAAGAUGAGGAGCUGUUGGCGGAAACGAAUACAAAAGCGAAGACCGUGUUUCGUUUCGAGUCGUCACCGCCGUAUAUCAAGGCUGGCGAGAUGCGAGAUUAUCAGAUUCGUGGAUUGAAUUGGAUGAUUUCGUUGUACGAGAAUGGCAUCAAUGGUAUUCUGGCCGAUGAGAUGGGUCUCGGUAAAACACUGCAAACAAUAUCGUUGUUGGGUUAUUUGAAAAACUUUAGGAACAACCCUGGACCGCAUAUUGUUAUUGUGCCGAAGUCGACACUGCAAAAUUGGGUCAACGAGUUCGGUCGUUGGUGCCCUUCGCUGCGUGCUGUUUGCCUUAUCGGUGAUCAGGAGACUCGAAAUGUGUUCAUUCGGGAUGUCCUGAUGCCCGGCGAGUGGGACGUUUGUAUCACUUCGUAUGAAAUGUGUAUCAGAGAGAAGGCAGUUUUUAAGAAAUUUAACUGGAGGUAUAUGGUUAUCGAUGAGGCUCACCGUAUUAAGAACGAAAAGUCCAAGUUGUCGGAGAUCUUGAGAGAAUUUAAAACGGCCAACAGGCUGCUAUUGACUGGUACACCAUUACAAAAUAACCUGCACGAGCUGUGGGCUUUACUGAAUUUCCUGCUGCCUGAUAUUUUCAAUAGCGCCGAUGAUUUUGACUCCUGGUUUGAUGCUAACGAGUGUAUCGGGGAUAACAAAUUGAUUGAGCGUUUGCACGCGGUGCUGAAGCCGUUCCUGUUACGUCGUCUAAAGUCUGAGGUCGAGAAAAGAUUGCUGCCGAAAAAGGAAGUUAAAAUUUUUGUUGGUUUGUCCAAAAUGCAACGCGAAUGGUACACCAAAAUUUUAAUGAAGGAUAUCGAUAUUGUAAAUGGUGCCGGAAAGAUGGAGAAGAUGCGUCUGCAGAAUAUUUUGAUGCAGCUUCGAAAGUGCACCAAUCACCCGUAUCUGUUUGACGGAGCCGAGCCGGGCCCACCGUACACGACUGAUUACCAUUUGCUGGAGAACAGCGGAAAGAUGGUCGUGCUGGAUAAGCUACUUAGAAAACUACAGGAGCAAGGAUCUAGGGUUCUGAUUUUUAGCCAAAUGACACGUAUGUUGGAUAUUUUGGAAGAUUUUUGCUAUUGGCGACAAUUUCAGUACUGCCGCUUGGACGGUCAAACUCCGCAUGAAGACCGCACAAAAAUGAUCGACGAAUAUAAUGCGGAAAAUAGCUCCAAGUUUCUAUUUAUGUUGUCAACUCGUGCCGGUGGUUUGGGUAUCAAUUUGGCCACUGCCGAUGUAGUAAUCAUCUACGAUUCGGAUUGGAAUCCUCAGAUGGAUCUGCAGGCAAUGGACCGUGCCCAUCGGAUUGGUCAGAAGAAACAGGUGCGCGUUUUCCGUCUGAUUACUGAAAAUACGGUAGAAGAGAAGAUCGUUGAGCGUGCCGAAAUCAAACUAAAACUAGACAAGUUGGUCAUUCAGCAGGGUCGUCUCAUAGACAACAAAACCAAUCAGUUGAACAAAGACGAAAUGCUCAACAUCAUUCGCUUUGGUGCAAACCACGUUUUCCAAUCGAGGGAUUCGGAAAUUACCGACGAAGAUAUUGACGCCAUUCUGCAGAAGGGAGAAACUAAAACCCAAGAACAGAACGCUAAGCUGGACAAACUCGGCGAGUCAUCGCUCCGUAGUUUCACGCUUGAUACGGAAAAUUUGGAGAACCGAUCAGUUUACCAGUUUGAGGGUGAGGACUACCGUGAAAAGCAAAAACUGCACACCCUCGGCUCCUGGAUUGAGCCUCCGAAGCGAGAACGAAAGGCUAACUACGCCGUUGAUGCCUACUUUAAAGAGGCACUUCGUGUGGCCGAGCCGAAGGCUCCGAAAGCUCCUCGUCCACCGAAGCAGCCGAUCGUUCAGGACUUCCAGUUCUUCCCUCCACGUUUGUUCGAGCUACUAGAUCAGGAAAUCUACCAUUAUCGCAAGACGGUCAACUACAAGGUACCGAAGAAUCCGGACUUGGGUCCCGAGGCGAACAAAGUUCAGCGGGAGGAGCAGCGCAAAAUCGAUGAAGCGGAACCACUGUCGGAGGAGGAAAUUGGCGAAAAGGAAUCUCUGCUGACCCAAGGCUUCACCAACUGGAACAAGCGUGACUUUAAUCAGUUUAUCAAGGCCAACGAAAAGUACGGUCGGGAUGACAUCGAAAACAUUGCCCGUGAGGUGGAGGGCAAAACACCGGAGGAGGUGAUGCAGUACAGUGCGGUAUUCUGGGAGCGCUGUCACGAGCUGCAGGACAUCGAACGCUUGAUGGGUCAAAUCGAGCGUGGAGAGGCCAAGAUUCAGCGCCGAGCAUCGAUCAAAAAGGCUCUGGAUGGAAAGAUGUCCCGCUAUCGAGCCCCAUUCCAUCAGUUGCGUAUCUCGUACGGUAACAACAAGGGUAAGAACUAUACCGAAGAGGAGGAUCGCUUCCUGGUUUGCAUGCUGCACAAGCUGGGCUUUGAUAAGGAGAAUGUCUACGAAGAGCUUCGUACGGCCGUUCGUUCUGCACCGCAGUUCCGGUUCGAUUGGUUCCUAAAGUCGAGAACCGCGCUGGAGCUGCAGCGCCGUUGCAAUACUUUGAUCACGCUGAUUGAACGGGAGAAUCAAGAGCUGGAAGAGAAGGAACGGCUGGAGAAGAAGAAAAAGACAGGCACGGCCGGUGGAACGCCCAAGGCUGCUACCGGAAAGCGUAAACAGGAAGCCACCACUACUCCUACCGAUAAGAACACUAAGAAGAAGAAGAAGACUUAAGAUUUUCCGCCCACGCCGGAACGAUAAUCUAUAUGACAAGUAAACAACAUUCAUAGGUUCUACAAUAGCUCGCUCGGGUUAAUUCUAAAUAUACACAUUUACUCGUAAGGCUUGCUGUGCAAAAUUUUAUUUCAGCCAGUUUGAUUUUAGAUCAUCGACUAACUUAUUGUCCCAAGUAUUACUAUCGUCUCAUUGGUUCAGUAUAUAAACAUAUGUAUAGUGUCACGCCAAUAAAAGUACGAAUAAAAGCCAUUUAAUC